AUGCAUCUCAUAGAUCAUACAGUCCCCGCCGAGGGCACGUAUAUAAAAUCAGUGGCUAGCGCGACGAAACCUCCGGUAUACACGAUCGAUCUCUCCCUCCCUCCGUCUGAAAGAUAUAUGCAACUUGCGACAGAUUAUAAACAGAAGAUUCAAGGUCUUCCUGCACUUUUCGAGGAUCUUGUCGCUGCGACACCUGUUCCUCUACUCUUGGUGACUUGGUUGUCACGGCUAGUCCUACGCAGACUGCAUAGCAAAGAGCAGACAGAAGAGAUACGAGGGAUUUCAAAAAUAACCGGCGUGGAUAUUGGUGGCAUGAGAGUCUGGGACGAAGGAAGUGGAGGCCAGUCCGAUGUCAAGCAUACGAAGAUGCUACACUUCAGAACUUUGGACUGGGGUAUGGAUGCUUUGCGCGAAGUCAUCGUCCAGCUCGAGUUUGUGGAACGGCCCGGUGGUCAAGUAGUAGCUAGAAGUAUCACAUAUGUCGGGUUUGUUGGUGUUAUAACAGGCAUUCGAAAAUCUCUAAGUGUAUCUCUAAACUUCCGCCCAUAUCACGACGACAAGACUCUAAAGGCCAACAUUAGCUUCUACACUAAUCAAGUUUUGGUUCUGCUCGGUCUGCGGCCGUCUAUUGCAUCACGACUACGAACCUACAUCGUACCGGAGAAGCUUCACAUCGAAUCUUCUGGAGAAAGGACCGUUCCUACGCAAGCGACGCUGUCCGAGAUCAGAGACGAACUUCCGAAUGCCCCAACAACUGCUGCGUACAUCAUAAUGUGCUCAGGUUCUGAUACGACUGUGAUGGAAAAAGAUCACCGCAACGCUCAAGUAUAUACGUCGACGUCGUUCAUAACUGCGACCAAUCAUGAUGCGACGGAUGAGUCAAAUAAGUCCAUACCUGUAUUGAAAAACACCAAACUAAAUGUGGCCCCAGGGCUGCAAGAUCUAAUCGAUGAUUCACGAGAUCGUAAAGCUUGUAUUACUGAUAAAUGGAGAAAGGCUCUAAAGUCUUGCCGACGAAGGAACAGGACGGCCACAGAAGAUAACUUCGCUGUAGAUAUGGGCCAACUUAUUCGAUGGGUCCAGACUUAUCCCACUACGAACGACUCGACUCACUUCGCGUGCGUCAUGGACCCAAGCGAAGGUGAUAUCGUGUGGGUGAAGCAGUUCGAGGCAAGCCUUGAGUAGAGAUUUCGGCUACGGCCUUUGGGACUGUAGAUGCGUUCAAGGCUUGUAAGGCCCAUAAUUCACAUAUCUCGCAAAUGUAGAUACGAAACGUUCGUCUAAUAGAAUGGGAUGACUACAUUGCUUAGAUUCUAUGCUGCCUGCCGCAGAUAAGCAUAUCUGCCAACAACGUACGUUGAUCAAUAAACAGGCCGAUGAUCGUGGAGGGCAAAGACUG